AUGCUCGCCAGGUCACUCCUCCUCCUCGCCUCCCUGGCGCUCGCCGCUGCUUCGCCCGUCCGCAAGCAAGACGGCACCAGCUGUGCGCAGAAGGCGCCCACACUCCCUGUCAACGGUGGCGCAACUGAGCUCGCAUCACCGCCUCAGGGCAGUGUUCUCAAGUACAUCGCCGUCGGCCACGGCAUUCAGAACUACACUUGUGCUGCCGGCCAGGCAGCCAAGGCUACCGGCGCCGUCGCUGUUCUUUACGAUGCCACCGCCCUGUACCCCGGUCGCGGACCCAAAGCCCUCCCCUCAGUCGAACACUUCAAUGCCCUGACAACAGCCGCGCUCUGGGGCACCCCGCUGCCCCUCAACACCGACGGCACCACCAAGUUCGGCGCCUCCGCUUCCAAGCCCUUCAAGGCCCCAGCCCCACUCGAUAUUCCCGGCCAACAGAUCCCCUUCCUCGGCCUUCACUACUUUGACGGCGCCGGCGUUCCUACGUUCCUGACCGGCACCUCCGAGGCCGACGCCAAGGCCUCCGUCCUGAAGGCCUUCAAAGUCGGUGACGCCCCCGCUCCCGCCAGCGCAGACCCUGGUCCCGUCGGCACGGGUGCCGUUGCGUGGCUCUACCUCGGCGCCAACCCCGGCAGCCGUGGCUUCUCCGCCGUCUACCGCGUCAUCACCGCAGGCGGCAAGCCCGAGGCGUGCGUCGACGACAAGCCCCAGAGCGUUCCCUACGCCACCUACUACUGGCUCUACGGCAGUGCUUAG